UUCUUUAUUGUCGUAGUAAGAGAUGAAUUGGGUGUCAGCUUUGUGCGGUUGCUUUUGGCCUCGUUCCGAUGGUGUGAGUCGUUAGGUUGAAGUGCUCCGAAAGGAUUUAAUUUUUCUAAUUUAUCUAUGAGAUUUGAAAACUUGGGUUGGUUUCUGAGGUUGUGGGGAGGAUUCCGAGAUGGUGUGGUGGAUUGAGUGGCGGUGCGAAGCAGGAUUGGAAUCGUGAAGCUGUUUUGAAGAUUUUUCUGAUUGGUAUCUGGAGGUGCUGAGGAGAGGGAAGAGUAGUUGCUGUGUUGAUUGACGACGAGGGAAGUGUAGUGUGCUGUAGGAACGGUUAGGGGUGUGAGGCUUGAGAUUUAUGGAAGAGUGAUUCCAGAUGGCUAGGGUAUAUAAUUUACUUCAAGAAGAUAAUAUACAUUUUAAAGUUUUGGGGAUUGAUUGUAUAGGUGAGCAGCUGAGAUCGUGGUAUUGAAGAGUGGAGGUCGAGAAAUCUAGUGUUGAGGUUGUGGAGUGACUCCUUUUGCCAUACUCCACUCGUGAUGAUGGUCCCAACAGGAGAGCAACUUUUAUGGGAUUCAAUUUCUGUCGGAAGCAGUUAGGGGAAUCUCGUACUUUAGGGUAUUGUGGAGCAGAAGUCAGUCAAUUUUUGAUGUCUGCAAGAACUUGAUGCACUUUUUUUGCGGGCCAUUUUAUAACGUCAGAGCUCGAAAUAUUUGCAGAUUUACAGGUUGGCAUCGUUUGCAGAUAAAUACCAAUUCACGGCCCACAGUACAUGUGGUAACUUAAGCAAGUGCAGUGGAUUCACGCACUCGUUGGAAUCUAGCAAUCACUGUUACGAUUCAGCAUUUGUCAUCAAUCCACAAUUGGUCACCUUCGUCGAAUAUAUUAUCUAAAAUCUAGUCGGAAGUAUUUUAGUGAUUACGGCUGGGCAAGCAAACACUUGGAGGUUCAAAGCCACCGAUGGCAUAAUUAGCCUGUAUAUGUGAAAUAGGGUGGAAAGUGAUCAUUUCGGGCACUGCAUCGGCAUUUUCUUUGCGUCAUCCGUUCUGCAUUGGUGUCCGUUUCACACGAUGUUGGAGCCCAAACCCUAGUGAUCGAUUUACUAUGAGGGUGCAGAAUGGCGGCCCUUGGUUUCAACUCCACCAUCAUCGGUAUCUUGAUCUUGUUCUUGCACGUAGUCUUUUAUUCCAGCUGCAGCACAUCGGACCAUGCGGUCGCUUUGUGGGUACCGACAAGGAGCCUGAUACGAGAACCUCACCCUGGUGGGAGACCUGAUCGGAGACUUAGGCAGAGCCCGGGAACACCACUAACUCCCGAUGUUUACCAUAAGUAUGCCGAACAGUCCCUGACAUGUGAAGAGGAUUUAUUGGGGGCGGGCUCUUUGGAAACGGUGUGUGUGCUCAAGCAAUCCGUGUCCUUCGCUGCAGAUGAAACCUUUGUGGUCGGAAAUGGAACCUUAGAGAUUCAACCCAACGUUUCUAUCUCGUGCAUCAAAUCUGGGUGUAGUCUAACUAUACUGCUAGAUGGGGACCUGAAUAUGGGUGAAAAUUCCACCAUAAGAAGCAGUUCGUUGUGGAUACAAGCCGCUAAUGUGAAUAUAGGAGAUGCUGCCAGUUUGGACUCCUCUGAGUUUGGAGGAAAGCCUCCGUCUGGUGCUAGUGGUACGCCGUCUGGAAUUGACGGAGCAGGAGCUGGUCAUGGAGGUCGGGGUGCGUACUGCGUGAAGGAUCACAGUAAAGAACAAAGAGAUAGCUGGGGUGGUGAUAUGUAUGGCUGGUCAACGCUCAUGCAGCCGUGGUUUUACGGCAGCAGCGGUGGAACUACAAGUAACACCUCUGAUCUUGGGGGUAAAGGUGGGGGCAGAGUGAAUGUCACAGUGAUGGGAAUCCUAGUGAUCAAUGGCUCAAUUGAGGCGGAUGGGGGCUCCGUUGGGGAAGAGGGGGGUGGUGGAUCUGGAGGCAGUCUUUUCGUGCGAGCAUCUAGAAUAAAAGGGAAUGGACAAAUCAGUGCUAUUGGUGGUUCCGGUCGAGGAGGUGCUUCAGGAGGGCGUAUUGCAAUUGACUCCAUGAGGCUUGAUGGUGUGACUGUCCGUUAUCAUGGUGGGGAUAGUUUAACCUGUCUGCAAAACAAUGGGGCCUCAGGCACACGGUUUGACAUUUUCUCGGCAACCUUAUAUGUCUCUAAUAGCAACAAGACAACUUCUACUGACACGUUACUGCUGGAGUUUCCUAACCACCCUUUAUGGUCCAAAGUGAUUGUGGAAAAUAAUGCGAGUGUAUUAGUCCCUCUGCUGUGGAGCAGAGUACAGGUUCGUUCCAUGAUUACGUUGCAGUCGGGAGGUCUCCUUAGUUUCGGCUUGGCUUCAUUUUCGAGCUCUGUGUUUGAGUUAGUGGCAGAGGAGGUGCUCAUGAGUGAUUCUACGAUCAAGGUGUAUGGGGCUCUCAAAUUGACUGUGAAGAUGCUGCUCAUGUGGAACUCGACCAUCAAAGUAGAUGGCAAUCCCGAUGAUUUUAUGUUGGCUACGUCCACUGUUGAGACCAGCAACUUAGUUAUUUUACGGGAAGGGUCAGUGAUCGAAUCAAGUGCAAAUCUAGGAAUGCAUGGACAGGGUUUGCUGAAGCUCUCUGGUCCUGGUGACAUGUUAAGAGCACAACGACUUUUUGUUUCAUUAUUCUAUACUGUGCAUGUUGCUAAAGGAGCACUGAUGCAGGCGCCACUUGAGGAAGACUCUCCAAUUAAGGAGGAGAUCUCAAAAAUUUAUUGUGAAAACAAUAUUUGCCCAGAAGAGGUGCUAAUGCCCUCUGAAGACUGUACGCUGAAUGUCUCAUCCCCAUUCACAAUGCAGAUCUGCCGUGUUGAAGAUGUGCACAUCAAUGGCACUGUUUUGGGAAGCGCUGUUCAUGUACAGCGAGUCAAGACAAUCUCAAUUCGAGGCCUUUUUUCUUCGUCAUCACUAGGUUGUGAAGGAGGACUUGGAAGAGGAAUGAUUGGAUCAGCUGGUGCAGCAGGUGGUGGUGGCCAUGGUGGUAGAGGUGGUAAGGGCUAUUACAAAGGCCAUUCUGCCGAUGGUGGUGCAAUCUAUGGCAACCAUAAGCUUCCCUGUGAGUUCGGCAGUGGUAGUGGCAAUGCAAGUUUUGGGGACUCUACGACAGGUGGCGGUAUCAUAGUUAUGGGCUCUAGCGAACAUCCUAUCAGCAAAAUUGAAAUUUUUGGAGCCCUCUCUGCGGAUGGUGGGAGUUUUAAUGCAUCGCAAGGCCAUGCUAGGGGUUCAGGGAUGGGUGAUCCAGGUGGAGGCUCUGGUGGUAGCCUACUUCUGUUUCUGCAGACAUUGGUCAUGGGGAACGAAUCUAUACUAUCAAGUGCAGGAGGUCACGGUGGUCCAGUGGGUGGUGGAGGCGGUGGUGGUGGCCGACUCCACUUUCAUUGGUCCAACAUUCCCACGGGGAUUGAUUUUGUCCCCAUUGCUUACGUCAAGGGCGUCUACCAUACCAGGGGUGGUCAUGCUGGAGAAGACGUUAUUCAUCCUGAAGGUGACAAAUCUGAAAAAGGAGAAGAUGGUACUAUAAGUGGAAUUGAUUGUCCACCUGGCCUGUAUGGCAUCUUCUGUGAGGAGUGUCCAGUUGGAACGUUUAAGAAUGAGACUGGCUGGAAGCCUGAGUUGUGUAAGCCAUGUCCACCUGAGAAUCUGCCAAGGCGUGCUAAUUACACAUAUGCUCGUGGGGGUGUCGUUGAGACAGCUUGUCCUUAUCAGUGCAUUUCAGACAAGUAUCACAUGCCAAACUGCUACACCAUGGUGGAGGACCUGAUCUACACGCUUGGUGGUCCUUGGUUGUUUACACUUUUGCUCUCAGUUGUCAUGGUUGUUUUGGCUAUGGUGUUAAGUGUUGCGCGAAUGAAGUUGGUUGGCAAUGAUGACUUCACUGGACCUGCUCCUACACCACAUGGGGGACAUAUCGAUCAUUCCUUCCCAUUUUUGGAGUCCCUUAACGAGGUGCUUGAGACUACGCGAGUGGAAGAGUCACAGAACCAUAUACAUCGCAUGUAUUUCAUGGGCAAUAAUACUUUUAACGAGCCAUGGCACCUUCCUCAUUCCCCUCCUGAGCAGAUUAUGGAUCUUGUUUAUGAAGAUGCUUUCAACAGAUUUGCAGAGGAAAUCAACUGUCUGGCAGCUUAUCAAUGGUGGGAAGGAUCGGUGCACAGUAUUUUGUCAGUAUUGGCAUACCCAGUCGCAUGGUCAUGGCAGCAAUGGCGUGCACGUAAAAAAUUUCAGAGACUGCGGGAGUAUGUACGCUCAGAAUACGAUCAUGCAUGCUUAAGAUCUUGCCGAUCUCGGGCACUCUAUGAAGGGCUAAAGGUGGCUGCAACACCUGAUUUGAUGCUGGCGUAUAUUGAUGUAUUUCUGGGAGGAGACGAAAAACGACCUGAUCUGCCUCCCAAGCUGAUGCAAAGAUUGCCAAUGACCAUCAUUUUUGGGGGCGAAGGCAGCUAUUUGGCUCCUUACAGCCUCCACAGCGACAACUUACUAACCAGCCUAGUUGGCCAGGCUGUCCCUUCAACAAUGUGGUACAGAAUGGUAGCUGGUCUGAAUGCGCAGUUACGAACAGUGCGAAGGGGAUCCCUUCGCAGCAGCUUACUGCCUGUCAUGAACUGGCUAAGUACCCAUGCCAACCCAAGGCUAUCAACUGUUGGUGUUCGAGUGGAUAUGGCUUGGUAUCAAGCUACAGCCACAGGCUACUAUCAGCUUGGCUUAGUAAUGAAUCCUGCUGACGAUGCUCCUCAGUCCUUGCAGUUUCCAGAUGAACUAAGCCCAAGUAGUUUUUCAAGGAGUAGAAAUUAUAUCCCAUCAGACCAGGAUGGCAGAUUCAAUGCACCCCAACAAUGGCAGUUUAGUCACGGUUACUCUCAAUUGGGCUUUUCAAGGCGACGAACUAGUGGUGCAGUUAUAGAUCCUACUAAUCUACGUUCACUGGAAGAAAAGCGUUAUCUAUUCUUUCCAAUAUCACUUCUCCUCAGGAAUGCAAGACCAGUUGGUCAUCAUGCUUCUGUGGGACUCGUUAUAUCUCUGCUGCUGCUUGUGGAUUUGAGUUUGACACUCCUGAUGCUGCUCCAGUUUUACUCAAUAUCGUUGGGGGCAAUGCUGGGAAUUCUGCUGGUGCUACCUUUUGCAUCAGUUCUCCCAAGUGCUGCGGGACUGAACGCUCUUUUCAGUCAUGGUCCUCGAAAAUCUGCUGCUCUAGCACGGAUUUAUGCUCUCUGGAACAUCACUUCGUUUGUGAACCUUCUGACAGCAUUUAUCUACGGAUAUAUUCAUUAUGUCAUGAAGUUUGGUGCUGCUGGUUCCGAUCUGCAGGGCCUCAAUUCGGAAGAGGAAAGUUGGUGGCUAUUUCCGGCACUACUGGUUCUGGAGAAAAGUGUGCAAGCUAGAAUGAUUGAUCUCCAUAUUGCCAAUCUUGAAAUUCAGGACCGCUCUUUGUAUUCAGAGGAUGCCAGCAGAUUCUGGGAAUCUUGAUUAAACUUGUAGUUUAUUGUAAUGUUAGACUGUCAAGUUGCCGUCCAGAUGGGAGUGAACAAAAGACGAGGCAGCUACUGUUUUUUCUGCUGAGGGGAUGGUUGUGGAGAGAUGCCUGGAUCUAUAAUUUUUGUGUUAAGGAUUCGAAAGGUCGCGCGUUGGAAGGUGGCAGCUAGCUUAAGGAAAUAUCGAUUUGGCAUGCUAUUGAAUGGCUUUGAAAGAGUUUUGUUAGACGUAGGGGGGUAUAUUAUAGCAGGAGGCAACACAAGUAGAGGCGUUGUGAGUGUUCAUAUUCUGUUCUACAAGUUCCACAAUGUAUUUGUAGACCAACUUCAAGGUGCAUUUGUUACAGCUUAGUGUUUGCUUAAUGUUCUCAAUGGUAUUUAGUCAGGUUAUCAUUAACUUGGUGGGGCAUUUUGGAAUUGGCCCUAAAACUCUUGUAGAAUUUAUUGUACAGAUCUCAUUGGCACAUAUACUGAUUCUUCAAGAAUGCGGUUCUGAUAAGUGA